AUGUCCAAUUCGGGCUCAGGAUUUUCUUCCUGGAGGAAGAGGGCGUCUAGCGUAUCGUCGUCGCAUACAGAUCUGGCUCGCACCGCUACCAAUGAGUCCCAGUCGAGCUCCCAGCCCGUGGCCGUGCCGCCUGCGCUCUCUUCCUCGGUUGCCUCCAGUCAGGCGCACCGAGAGCCUAUUCGGUCUUUCAUUCACGGCGUAUCUCAUGAGCACUUGGCUCCAGUCGACAGCCUCCAGAAUGCACGUACAGUUCGUGAAGAUACUGCCGAAUUAGCCAGUUACUUUCUCUCCGAUGGCUCCCAACGUGCCCGCGCCUUGCUUCAACGCCCGCGAUCCUCUAUUCACGAUGUUUUCAACCCGGAAGAUGACAGUGAUCCUGUUCCCGUCGUCCGGCGUGGCUCUCCCGCUAUCCCAGAAGUCUCUGAGCCCGCCUCACCGGACGAAUGCACCGAGCAGCUGGACGAUGAGGAUGUCGCUGGGCCUUCCGUACUGGCCAACCUUCUGAAGCGCGCAUCUCCACCAGAGACAGAACCUAAGACAACACCCAAGGCUGAUCGCUCCAAGUCCAUCGCUUCCGAGACACUUCGUGCUGCUAGUAGCACUGGAGCUGCUGGGGCUUCAAGGACUUCGACUAACGUCCCUUCAAUCGCGGAGCCCGCGACUGAAUAUACCCCAUUGCUUUCUGCUUCUUCCGAAUCUAGCUAUGAAGCAGAGGCCAUCCUCGAGGGCCAGCAGCGCUUACCGAAGCGCAAGUGGUUUGGCAAAGUUCGCGAACAGACUUAUGAGGUCAAAUCUACCUUAAUUCAAGGUGUCAAAGUCGCAACGAACCCUAAGAGAUGGGAUUGCAGAGCCCUGGCGCAUCACGCUUUCCUGGACCCGCUGUCUUGCCUACCUGCUGUCGCCGUUGGUCUUCUUCUGAACAUACUUGAUGCUCUGUCAUAUGGCAUGAUUCUUUUCCCCCUCGGCACACCUCUGUUCUCUCAUCUGGGAUCUGCCGGUAUUUCCAUCUAUUACGUGAGCACCAUAAUCUCUCAGUUGGUCUUUUCCACUGGUAGCAUCUUCAAGGGGGCAGUCGGAUCGGAGCUGAUCGAGGUUGUUCCUUUCUUUCACAACAUGGCUAAGAAGAUUCUUGACACUGUCGGCGAGGAUAACCCAGAUGCUGUUAUUGCGACAACAAUUGUUUCUUACGCAAUAAGUUCCAUGGUGACAGGUCUCGUGUUUUAUCUCAUGGGCAAGUUCAAAUUCGGCUUCAUGGUUGGUUUCAUCCCCCGCCACAUCUUGAUUGGCUGCAUUGGCGGUGUCGGCUAUUUCCUCAUUACUACCGGUCUUGAAGUGUCGGCGCGUCUUGAUGGAACCAUUGAGUACAAUCUUGACACCUUUAAACAGCUUACGCAACCAGAGACGAUACUCCUUUGGAUAUUUCCGCUUGUUCUCGCCAUCAUCCUAUUUUACGGCCAAACGAGAGGUGCUUCAAAGUAUUUUCUGCCGUUGUUCAUCCUCGCUAUUCCUCUAGUCUUCUACAUCUUUGUCGCAGCCAUUGACGCCCUUAACGCGGAUGACCUUCGCGAUAAGGGCUGGAUCUUCCGAGGACCACCAGCGGGGGAGCCAUGGUGGUACUUUUACACUCUCUAUCGAUUCGAUCUUGUUCACUGGGAUGCCAUUAUCGAGGUAAUCCCCGCGAUGCUUGCAUUGACCUUUUUUGGCAUUCUACACGUCCCCAUCAACGUGCCUGCUUUGGCGCUAAAUACCGGCGAGGACAAUGCCGAUCUGGACAGAGAAUUGAAGUUACACGGCUACUCAAACUUCAUUUCUGGUUGCAUGGGAAGCAUCCAAAACUACCUGGUCUACGCGAAUACUGUGUUCGUGAUUCGAUCCGGCGGCAAUCGUCGUCUUGCCGGCUACAUGCUGGCAGCACUGACACUUGCUGUCAUGAUAAUCGGCCCUAGCAUGAUGGGCUACAUCCCUGUUAUGAUGGUUGGCACUCUCAUCUUUGACCUAGGCUUUGAGCUGUUGCUGGAAGCAGUGUGGCUCCCUCGCAAAAAGUUGAAGCUUGCAGAGUAUCUUACUGUCAUUGUGAUUGUUUUGGUCAUGGGCAUCUACGAUUUCGUCGUGGGCAUUGGCGUAGGCAUUGUCCUUGCAUUUGCGUCGCUUGUCAUUCAAACGUCCAGAGUGUCCGCUAUCCGUGCUACAUUCGACGGCGAUGUCGUCUCAUCGACUGUACGACGCAACCCCUCGCAGCAUCACUAUCUCAACCAUGUCGGUCAGCAGACCUACAUUAUCAAAUUGACGGGGUACCUAUUCUUUGGCACUAUUGUGAGUGUUGAGGAGAAGAUCAGGGGUCUCCUCGAUGACGCUACCUUUGGAAGCCGGCCUAUCAAGUUCUUGAUCCUGGAUAUGUGGCACGUCAGCGACCUGGACUAUUCUGCGGGCGAAGCAUUCAAUACAAUUACAAGACUGUUGGACAAGAGGCGUGUUUCACUUAUCCUCAGUGGAGUAGACGCUUCCUCUCAGCUCGGCCGAAAUCUUCGCGCUGUUGGCAUUGGCAGUGGUAAGAUUGAAGUUAUGAUGCUCCCAGACCUCAACUCGGCGCUGGAGUUUUGCGAAAAUGAAUUGCUCAAGACUCUGUACGCCAGACAGCAAGCCCUCAACUCGAACGAGCGCAUGCCUACAGCGAACCUCGAUGUCCCAACUGGAUCAAAGUCCCAGUUGUCAUCGUUUGAUGCGCCAUUCAACUCCCCCCGCCAGACCCAUUUGGUCGAAGCCGCGCACCAAGCACUCAGCACCGCCGAGACACAGGGCCCAAUAAAGUGGCAGAGCUUUAACGAACCUCUGCGCAUCAUGCUGCAAAUCUUCCAGGGCCUUAGCGACAAGAAUGAGGAUUUCUGGUUCCCCGCCACGUCGUUCUUCGAGCGCAAGGAAUACAUGGCCGGCACCACGCUGUUUCGUCGGGGCGAGGCCGCGACGGGCUUUUACUUGCUGGAAAAGGGCAUCCUGCGGGCCGAGUACGAUUUGCCGCAGGGCUGGCUGUGCGAGAACAUUGUCGCCGGCACGACGUGCGGCGAACUCCCGUUCUUCUCAGAGACGAACCGCACCGCCACGGUGACGGUUGAGCGGGACUGCGUCGCGUGGCUGAUGAGCCGCGAGGCGUGGGAGCAGCUGCAGAAGGAGAGGCCGGAUAUUGCGGGUGAGCUGCUGCGCAUUUCGCUCAAACUAACGACUGAGCGUAUGACUUCGAUUACGUCGUAUAUUUUGACGACGGCUGGUUAA